AUGAUCAGCAAAUUGCAACCACAGUUCAAAGUAUUGUCUUUGACUACCAUCGCAACUCCGCAUCGAGCCGAUCGUCUCCCACAGGUCUACUAUACCCUGAACCGAAUGAAAGUUGAAACAGGCGCCUUCUCCCAACUGACCAGAAAGUACAUGUCCGAGACAUUCAACCCAAACACACCCGACGUGGAUGGAGUUCGAUACUUUUCCUACGGCGCAGCCGUACAGCCAAGUAUCUGGUCCGUCUUCCGACUAUCUCACAAGAUUUUAGCCCAAAUGGAAGGUCCGAAUGAUGGCUUGGUCAGUGUCGCUAGUAGUCGGUGGGGGGGAGACCGUGGGUAUAAGGGGACGCUGGAGGGAGUUAGUCAUUUGGAUUUGAUUAACUGGACGAAUCGGUUGAAGUUUCUGGCAGGGGAUCUGUUAGGGAAUCCGAGGAAAUUCAAUGCGAUUGCAUUCUAUUUGGAUAUUGCUGGUGAAAGCUCCAGUCAGCCGAUCGACGACCCGUGCCGACCACCUCGGAAAGAAAAAGGGAAGGGGCCCCGGGCGCUCGCCGCCAUGUCCGCGACGAUCGUGCUAGACAGCCGACACACCCAUUACACAAAUCUCGACUUCCUUUCAGGCAGGGUCAUCUUACAUUUGCCUACUGAAGCUGCGAUUGGAGGUAUCCAGGUCAAGCUGGAAGGUGAGAGCCGUACCAGGCUGUCUGGACCUCGCAACCCACACAAUGUGCACUCAGAAAAGAAAAUCACAGAGCUGGAGGUGCACAAGAUCCUUUACAAAGUUGCAACCGUCUUUCCCACGGCGGCUGUCAUGCAAUCCGGGUCGCCCGCAUCAUCCUACACCUUCGCCGCUGGAUCAUAUGAAUACCCAUUUGAGUUCAAGUUUCCUUUCAAUAAUGCAUGCAACCCCAGUAACAGCAUGCUCACCAACCUCAACUUCAGUGGGUUGAAGGUGGAGAUGGCUCGCGAAAGCAACCGCCACGUCAAGAAGACCCUUCCUCCAUCAUUUGGUGGAUUCCCUGGAAUGGCUGACAUCAAAUACUUUGUAAAGGCCACAGUCAUUAGGCCACAAUUCUACAAAGAAAAUAUUCGAGCUAUUGUGCCAAUCAACUUCCUUCCCAUUGAACCUCCUCGCACAGGGGAUCCCAACGAAGAAACCUAUGCUCGACGGCAACAUCAGUUCUCCAAGCCUAUGGAGAGCCGGAAAAAGGGUAUCUUCACAAGAGGCACUAACGCGUUCCGGGAUACUUCGGAACCUCCGCGAGUGUCUGUGGAUGCUCGACUCCCAAAUCCUUCUAUUCUCACCUGCAACGAACCUGUCCCACUCCGUCUCAUGGUCAAAAAGCUGACAGAUACACCGGACAUCAUCUUCCUUCAAAUGCUGCAAAUUGAGCUCAUAGCUUACACCAAGAUCCUGGCGCAUGAUUUUACUCGGCAGGAAAGCACCUCUUGGGUCGUUAUGAGUCGUAGCAAUAUGGCAAUACCACUAGGCAGGCCAGAAGAUCCAGUGGGUACUGAAUGGGCCCUUGAUCCGAAGCUAUGGGCCACUGUACCUCUACCCAACUCCGUGGCCCCCUCAUUUGAAACCUGCAACAUUGAGAGAGCUUAUGAGUUGGAAGUUCGAGUCGGCAUGACCCACGGCAGCGCUUAUAAUAUGAAGCCCCAGCUCAUUGUUCUUCCCUUGCGAAUGCCAGUCAAGGUCUACUCUGGAAUCGCUCCCCCUAAGGCCCUUUUGGAAGCCAUCGCCGCAGCAGCAUCACAAUCAACCCCUCCCAAACAACCAGCAACAAUUUCACCGGACACAAACAACAGACCCGCCAUCCCGCCCCGACCAUCCGGAGCCCCAAACGCAGCUCAAGCUGGGCCCACAUAUGAUGACGCCCCUCCCAGCUACGAGGAUGCUAUGGCAGAUAACUUAAGCCCGGUAGAUGGACCACGCCGCGAGUAUCACCCACCAGACGCCAGCACAGUGGAACCAGGAACUGAUGCUAAAUCCCCAGUCCAAGCGGAUAAGGUCCAUGAGGAUGGCCGUGCGGCAGAAGGUUCUACGCUACCCCGGGAACGUGGACGGGGACGCCGCUCGUCCUCUGAGUCCUUUGACAUGUUGCCCACCACUCCGCCCGAAUCUAUAUCCGGAUCUCCUCCUACCUCGCCCGUCAGACAAGCCCAAAGUAUCAUGAAAGUUUCUCGGAACCCAGUUGACGAAGAAAGCCCUCCGCAAUACCAACAAGUCGCGGAUAACCAGCCUAGGAUUCAGAUUGUAAAUCGCCAGCCGUCACAUGCAAAUAUGCGUCCUAUGAAUCUGGGCGUACCUAGUCGAAAGCCAGUUCCCCGAAGCGCAGACAGAUAA